GUUUCACAAAGUGUAAUGGAUUUACACUCCAGUCCAGUUUGUGGCGGUAAUGCAGCUUUUGGUUGCCAACUGCCAUUUUAGAAGUCACAGAAGAAGUCUUAUUUUCGUGGACAGAUUUUCAGCAGAGUAAAUCAAUGGAGUAAUGCAAAUUAUACUUUAGUCCCUCUCGUUUCGCGACUUCCGUUCUGCGGAAACAUAUUAUUAACAUUUACCAUAUUGGAUAACUCUUUUGGUUAAUUGCGGCAAAAUAUAUUUUACGAUAUUGUUAUUUUCCUGGAAAAGAUAGGAGAAUGGCUGCUGCCGAGGUGAACAGUAGUUCUGCUCCGGUGAUGGAGGAAAAGGAGCCUAUAGAAGUCACCACCGAAGGCGAGCACACAGAGAACUACCAGACACUAAUUGAUGCCGGACUGCCGCAGAAAGUGGCUGACAGUCUCAACAAAAUAUUCUCUACUGGGUUGCUGGCAUACGCUGACCUAGACGAGAGGGCCAUCGAUGCUCUGCGGGCGUUCAAUGAAGUGGGAGCGUUGUCUGUACUGUCGCAGUUCAAAGAAAGUGACCUGACCCAUGUCCAGAACAAAAGUGCUUUUCUUUGUGCAGCUAUGAAGACAUACAGACAGAGGGAAAAGCAAGGAAGUAAAGUACAGGAAUCCUCUAAGGGUCCUGCUGAGUCCAAGAUCAAGGCUCUGCUGGAGCGGACAGGAUACACCCUGGACGUCACCACCGGACAGAGGAAAUACGGAGGGCCCCCACCAGAYGAAGUGUUUAAAGGAGCACAGCCUGGGAUUGGAACUGAGGUGUUUGUGGGAAAGAUCCCCAGAGACCUGUAUGAAGAUGAGCUGGUGCCUCUGUUUGAGAAGGCGGGCCCAAUCUGGGAUCUGAGGUUAAUGAUGGACCCCCUGUCGGGUCAGAACCGGGGAUAUGCCUUCAUCAACUUCUGCAGCAAGGAUGCAGCAGCUGAGGCGGUGAAACUUUGUGACAACUAUGAAAUCCGGUCUAGGAAACACCUUGGAGUGUGCAUAUCUGUAGCGAACAACCGCCUGUUUGUCGGAUCAAUCCCAAAGAACAAGACCAGAGAGAGCAUAUUGGAUGACUUCAGCAAAGUCACAGAGGGGCUUCAGGAAGUGAUCCUCUACCACCAGCCGGAUGACAAGGAGACGAACCGUGGCUUCUGUUUCCUGGAGUACGAGGACCACAAGUCUGCAGCCCAGGCCCGCCGCUGCCUCAUGAGUGGCAAGGUGAUGGUGUGGGGGAACCCGGUCACUGUGGAGUGGGCCAACCCGGUCACUGAGCGCGACACGGAUGUCAUGGCCAAUCAGGCGAAGGUUUUGUUUGUCAGGAAGCUUGCCACCUCAGUCACAGAGGAGCUACUAGUGAAGACAUUCUCGGCCUUUGGCAAACUGGAGCGAGUGUAUAAGCUCAAAGACUACGCCUUUGUCCACUUUGAGGACAGGGACGCCGCUGUGAAGGCAAUGGUAGACAUGAAUGGAAAGGAGCUGGGGGGAGAGGCGAUUGAAAUAAGAAUAGCAAAGAAGAAGAAGGCGCGGAAGACUCAGCGCCAGACCACCAGAAACCCAGGGAAUGACGAUUACAACCAGCCACCGCCACGCAUGCCUCCACCAGAUAGGGGCAGGGGCCGUGGUCGUCGCAGGGGCUACGCCGCCUACCCUCCAGACUACCACAGCUAUGAUGACCACUACGGCUAUGACUAUCAUGACCCCUGCAGGGGUUACGAGGACCCCUACUACGGUUACGAGGACCCCUACUACGGUUACGAGGACCCCUACUACGGUUACGAGGACCCCUACUACGGUUACGAGGACCCCUACUACGGUUACGAGGACGUGUACAGCGAGAAGGGCCGUGGCAGCAGGGGAGGCCCGCCCCCUCCUAGGGCCCGUGGAACACCACCCACACAGGGCCGAGGGGGCUAUGCGCAGAGGGGGCCACCCAUCAGAGGGCCCAGGGGUGGCAGAGGAGGGGGCCGUGGGGGACUCUUCCAGCCACAGAGGGCCCACAGUACCCAAGGAGCCAGGGGGAACCGUGGGGGGAAUGUGGGCGGGAAGAGGAAGGCAGACGUCUUCAACCAGCCUGACUCAAAGCGCCGGCAGACCAACAAGCAGAACUGGGGGUCCCAGCUCAUCACCCAGCAGCAAGGUGGCGACUAUUCUGAUAACUAUGGUUAAGGUGGUGAGGUGAGAGCUGCAGCGCUUGAGUGAGAAACAAACUCACCCUGAACUUUGUUCCUUACAAAAGGGUGAGCUAUUACUAGUAGUUUCUAGCCCAAACCGUGCUGAAUCUACAGAUUAUUUUGUAAGAAGACCGAUUUCCAAGAUGUCUCCUGGUCUGACAAACACUGCUGUUGCUCUGCGCCACCUUCCACUGCCGAUGCAGUGGAUUGAGACGCGGCCCAUGCAAACAAAAGUCUAGUUUAAACUAAUGGAUUUUAAUGGUCAUUUUAUUGUUUAUUUGAUUAUUAUGCUAAUUARAGAGCAGGCUUUAUACUGCAAUUUCAUUGCCUUUGCCAAGUCAAUUUGCUUGCUUUGCAUAUGCCAUUCAAUGUUUUCUCGUCAACUAUUUAGAUAAAGAUUUGAGACAUGUCAGCAAAAAUCACCAGUGAUCAAGCUCCACUGCAUAUUUCUGGUCUUUUUUCCAUGCAAGUCAAAAAGACAACAAUUUAAAAACUUCCCGUCAAGGGGCCCGGCUUAGAAAGUGUAGGCCAAAUUCCUUGACAGAAACCGACUUUGAUACUAGUUUCUCUAGACUAAUCUCUUGUGGACAGAUGAAAUGGUGAGAAUCUGUCAAGGCUCAUAUAGAAUUAUGUGAUUACGAGCAGCAGUAGUUCCUGGUUUUGGGUUUUGGUCAUUGAUUUAAGUGGGACGAAUCAGGAUUGGGCGACGGCAGUGUAAGUAAGAACUGGUGCGGGGAAUUUUCAAGCAUGUUUGCGGAUAAACGGUAACCACAUCCACAAAGUCAACUGUUUAUUUUGUAAAAAUUCAUAUAAACAAGUGUACUUUUUAAUCAUGUUA